AUGAAUACUAUCAAAUCAAACAAGGCUUGUGCAGCCUGCACACAUCAAAGGAAAAAGUGUUUAAAGGAUUGUCUUUUAGCUCCUUAUUUUCCUGCCCAUAAACCAAAAAUGUUUCACAAUGCUCAUAGUUUGUAUGGUGUUUCUAACAUGGUGAGAAUUCUAAAUGAACUUCCAAAAGAGAAGAGAGAUUUGGCAAUGAGAACCUUAAUUUAUGAGUCAAAUGUUCGUAAAAUAUAUCCAAUUGGCGGAUGUGUUGAUGUUAUUAAGGAUUAUUGUGAUAAGCUAAGCGAGGCUCUUGAAGAGUUAAAUCAAGUAAAAAAGGUUCUAGAUUAUUGUAAAGUAAAUCAUUUACAAUCACAAAAUCUUUCCUCUUCGUUACCUUCUACAACUUCUACUAAUUCUGAUAUUUCAAAUAUUCCAAUAUUUAACAAUGUUGGGAAUGUUACUAAUUAUUAUAACAAUAAUGAAAAUAAUAUAGAAACUAUGAUGAAUGCAUCAUCUCCUUCUCAUUGGAGUGAUAUCAUUCCUCGUGAUGUUAACAAUACUCCAACUAAUACAAAUUGGAAUAUAAAUUCAAUGGAUGCAUCAAGGUUUGCGCAGUUGAGUGAAGGAGUCUUCAAUAAUAGAGAAUCUGAUCUUGGUGGUGGUGUUGAUAUUAGUACAGAAGAAUGGUUGAAGGAAAUAGAAAAAAAAUUUAAUGACGAAGAUUACUUAAUUCCAGACUCUGAAAUUGAUAGGAUUUAUAAUGGUGAUGAACAAGCCUUUGUAGAAAAAGAUUCAUCUCAAAGAUUAGUAGAGAGGUGA